AUGCUCUGAACAUCCUUUACCCCUACCCAGUUCCCAGUUUAUUCGCAAUAUGGUUGCUGGUUGCUUUACUUAAUUGUAUUCCUCAUCAAUCAAUUUAUCUGCGCCUUUAUCCCAGUUCAGACAAAGAGUGUUGUAGCAUUAGAUUGAUUAUCUUCUGUCUUUCAUCGCGACUUCAACCCCUGCGAAUGUUCUUCAGUACUUUCUUCUAACGCAGCAUCUCUAGCUCCCCUUUUAUCCUUCGGCAUCUGCUGCUACAUUCAUUUUACGAUACCCUUUACUCUCCUCCUAUUCCUGAGUCUUCAGUCUCGCCCCUGGCCCCCUUCGCCUCCUAUCUCUCUAGCAAUCGAUAAUUUCCCCAAAUCGAAUCCCCCAUCCUCUUUCUCUCCGAUUGCCGUGAUAGCAGAUACAUCAUUCUGCUCCUAUUUCCUUCGGCCCACCGACAGCGAACGAGAUUCAAGUUCGAGCUGCGUGGAUGUCAGCCAGAUUCCGAAGCACAACGCCAAAGUCGACGUCACCGUCCAAUACCGCCAAAGUGUCUUCCCCAAUCCUUAUUCCCCGCACCGUCUCCUACGACGCCGGUACGAACCCUCCGGGGCAGAGUAGUACCUACCUGACAGCUAUGGGCGACUCAAAGUCCACAAGGAGACGGAGGUCAAGCAGCAUACUCCAGAUAUAUCAAGAACCUCAGGAACCCAUAGAGCAACUGAGCGAUCAGUCUGCUCUCCCGAAUCUCAAUGCGAACUGGGUCAACGCUAAAGGAGCGUGGACCAUCCACAUUGUUCUGAUCAUUGCGCUAAAGAUUCUUUGGGACGUGAUCCCUGGCGUCUCUCAGGAAACUUCUUGGACUCUGACCAAUAUAUCCUACAUGUUCGGCUCCUAUAUUAUGUUCCAUUACGUCCGUGGUGUGCCGUUCGACUUCAACAGCGGCGCAUAUGACAACUUGAAUAUGUGGGAGCAAAUCGAUGAUGGCGCACAGUACACACCAGCCAAGAAAUUCCUACUCAGUGUUCCGAUUGUGCUCUUCCUCCUGAGCACGCAUUACACUCAUUACGACCUCACCUAUUUCACCAUCAACUUUCUAGCCGUGCUAGCCGUAGUUAUACCGAAACUACCCUUUAGUCACCGCAUGAGAGUAGGCCUAUUUUCCGGUGUGCCGGAAGACUAAGACACGAUAGCAUUUGGCAUGUGCGCAUUGGUGUUCAAAGGGGGUCCGCGGGUUUCGCUGGGAAGCUGCAAAACAUAAAGAUGGCGGUACAAUGAAGCCAGACGGCGUAGAGUGAGGACUAGGCCAAUCCUUCGACCAUAGGAAAUAAGCCAGUCAAUCAGGAAAAGUGCUAUAUUCAAGAACUCGCUGCUCUAUUGUUCUAAAUUGUCUCGCUUGGUUUCCGUAAGAAUGAACCAUCGGUUUUGAACUAGUACCUACGAAAGCGUACCUACAUUUGCCUCAGAUAUACAUAAUAGUUGUGACAGUAAUGGUAAUAUUUAUCCAGUGCCGAUCCAAGAACUGUCCAUUGGAUUAUCCAUUACCG